AUGCCGAUUAUGUUCGAAGGCGGUGCGGAUCCGAUGGUAGCAGACGACUACCUUGACCAAGUUGAGACUCAGUUGAUAUCAGUGGAUGUGAUGGAGGAUUACUUGAAGAUCAUUCUGGCAAAUUACAAGUUUUCUAAGGAUGCCAAGGUUUGGUGGAAGUCGGUCACCAAGAUUGAGGAGAUGCGUUGGGACAGGUUCAAGGAACUGUUCUAUGAGAAGUAUUUUCCACUUUCGAAAAGAUGGGAGUUACAAAAUCAGUUUCAUAACCUUAUUCAGGGGAACAUGUCAGUGACUGAGUAUAAGAAUAAGUUCACCUCACUUUCUCUUUUUGCUCCAGAAACGGUGAAGGACGAGGCUAACAAGACUCGGAAGUUUGUCACCGGUCUUAAUGACAGAAUGAGACCGUUGUUAACAGCACAGUUCAUCAAGGUAUAUUCUGAAGCAGUGGAAAGGGCUUUAAUGUUAAAAGCGGAUAACAGAGAUAAGGAUGCAAUAAGAGAACAGUGGAAGCAGAAGAGGGGUGCAGGGCCAUCCUCAGAAGGAUCUUCUUAG